AUGGCCGAACACCCGCGGUUACGAACGGAUGCGAUAGGACAAGAUGGUGAUCAGGAUAAGGAUAACAAGGAUAAGUCCUCAAGGAAGAAGGACACGGAUGCGGCGAAUCCAAGCAAGGACAAGGCCGCAGCGGUAUUGAACGUGCGUACUGAUGGCCCAACCGGUCCUGUGGUUGGGAAAACAAACACAACGCCAGUGGUUCAGACCGCGGUUGUUCCGCCUCCAGCGAAUAAUCUGGCAAGCCGGAACCCUCAAGUCCAUCCUCGGGUGGAAGAAUCAGAGGAGGAUACGGAUGAUGAGAGUUAUGAAACAAAAUCGACGACCGAGAUCCCUACAGCGGGAGAGAUAUGGGAUAUGAUGAUUAAGGUCAUGAGCCAAGUGGAGAAAUUGGCACAAGUGCUGACCCCGGCGGAGAAUCCGCCCAUGGGACAGUCGAGCGAAGCUAGUAAUGCGGUGGGAACAGACGGGGAACAAGCCGGCAGCGUUCCGGAUGUGAUGGAGAUCGAACCACCACAAGUGAAAACUGGCUGA